AUGAUGACGUACGGCGUGGAUCCGCUGGCGAAAAAACCAGUGAAAGGAUUAAACGACAGUGCGAGAUAUGAAUAUCGUCGACGACAAUUGGAAGGAGUGAGGAAAAUAUCAGACGAGGAACAACAGAAGGAUGUGACAUCCGCGGAACGGUUCACGGAAUUGAUUCGUGAGGUGAAAGAACGACGAGAGUUCCUUCGUACAAUGUCCGAAUAUGGUCAGGAUCAAGCGUACAGAAAUGCAAUAGAAACAGAAAUUUCACAGUUGGUACGUGAAAUGGAAGAGAUGGAUCGUCGCGAAACGAUGAAAUUGAACCAGGCAUUGAAGGCGAAUGAUGAACGUGAAGCUGAUGAAGAAUAA